AUGGAGACGUGCGUAGCACAAGUGACGAACGUGGCGCCGACUGCCACGCUGGAGCAGAUGUCCACGCUCUUUGGGUUCCUGGGCAAGAUCUUGGAAAUCAAGAUGUAUCCGUCGGACGAGUUCCUCCUGCAGCCCGUGGCCAAGGUGUGCUACAUCCGCUACGAGGAACCCUGGAGCGUCGGGGUGGCCCAGCACCUGACCAACACGGUCUUCGUGGAUAGAGCCCUCAUCGUGGUGCCCGUGACGGACGGCAAACUGCCGGACGAGAGCCGCGCGCUGGCGCUCACGACUCCCGUGUCGGCCGUGCCCGAAGAGCCGACCAUCGCCGCCCUGUCGCCCGGACUCGUCAACCAGGUGGCUAUGGGAGCAGGGGGCGUCCAGGUGAUCACCACCCAAGACCCCCAGCUGGCCGCGCUGGGGCUCCCGCCGUACCCGCCGCUCCCGGCCACGAUGGACCCCACUAAAGUGGAAGAGAUCCGACGAACGGUGUACGUCGGGAACCUAGACUCGUCGGCCACCACAGAACAGCUGCUCAAGUUCUUCAGCCAGAUGGGCGAGGUGAAAUAUGUGCGCAUGGCCGGCGGCGAGAGCCAGCCGACGCGCUUCGCCUUCGUCGAGUUCACCGAACAGAGCAGCGUGGGCCGGGCGCUCCAGUUCAACGGCAUCGAGUUCGCGGGUCGCUCUCUCAAGAUCAACCACUCGAACAACUCGAUCGUCAAGCCGCAGGCCAAGAGCUCCGAGGCGGCCCACAAGGAAAUUGAGGAGGCCAUGCGGCGCGUCCGCGAGGCGCAGUCCCUCAUCACUGCCGCCAUCGAGCCGGAGAUGGCCCGGGCCCAGGCGGUUGGCUCGCCCCUGAUGCCUGGCAUCAGCGCCGCCACCCCGAUGCUGGCCAAGCGCCGCUCCAAGAGCCCCGUCAAGCCGCGCCGAAGCCGCUCCCGCAGCAGUCGGUCGCGCAGCAGUCGCCGGCGGAGUCGCUCAUCGAGCCGCCACCGACCCAGUCGGUCGGGCAGCCGGCACCGCCGAUCCCACCGUCGGUCGCGGAGCAGGCCCAGCUCUCCGGGGCCCAGACGGCGCAGGCGGUCUUCGAGCAGCCACAGGCGACGCUACUCCCGCUCGCGAACCCCGCCCAAGAAGUCGCGGCUCAAGAGCCGCCGGGACGAGUUCCCAGAGACCUCGCGUCGCCGCAAGAAGUCCCGGUCACCGUCGUCGCGGAAGAGUUCCAAGCGCGGCUCGGUGACGCCGCCGCCGCGGCGCAGCUCUAAGAAGAGGCGCAAGUCGCGCAGCCCGCGGCGGUCCAAGAGUCGCAAGGAGGGCAAGGCGACGGUGGCCCGCGACUACGACGAGGAGGAGAAGGGCUACGACCCGGCGGCCCUGGACAACAGCAGCAGCCCCGGCUCGGGGGACAUGGACCUGGCCAGUGAUUGAGCGACACAAUAAAUCUGAGUGUCAAGGCCCUC